GAGGGGUGACGUCACAGCCCGACGCGCCACCCGGCUGUUUUUGUGCUCCCAGCUCUAGCGAAAAGCCACCGGUAUUUCUCCACCUGGCUCUCCUCUACCUCCAGGCAGGCUCACCGAGAUCCCCUCUCCGAACCUCCCCUGCACACUCGGCCCAGCGCUGUUGCCCCCGGAGCGGACGUUUCUGCAGCUAUUCUGAGCACACCUUGACGUCGGCGGAGGGAGCGGGACAGGGUCAGCGGCGAAGGAGGCAGGGCCCGCGCGGGGAUCUCGGAAGUCCUGCGGUGCAUCAUGAAAUUCCAGUACAAGGAGGACCAUCCCUUUGAGUAUCGGAAAAAGGAAGGAGAAAAGAUCCGGAAGAAAUAUCCGGACAGGGUCCCGGUGAUUGUAGAGAAGGCUCCAAAAGCCAGGGUGCCUGAUCUGGACAAGAGGAAGUACCUAGUGCCCUCUGACCUUACUGUUGGCCAGUUCUACUUCUUAAUCCGGAAGAGAAUCCACCUGAGACCUGAGGACGCCUUAUUCUUCUUUGUCAACAACACCAUCCCUCCCACCAGUGCUACCAUGGGCCAACUGUAUGAGGACAAUCAUGAGGAAGACUAUUUUCUGUAUGUGGCCUACAGUGAUGAGAGUGUCUAUGGGAAAUGAGUGGUUGGAAGCCCAGCAGAUGGGAGCACCUGGACUUGGGGGUAGGGGAGGGGUGUGUGUGCGACUUGGGGAAAGAGGGUGGCUCCCACCGCAAGGAGACAGAAGGUGAAGACAUCUAGAAACAUUACACUGCACACACCGUCAUCACAUUUUCACAUGCUCAAUUGAUACUUUUUGCUGCUUCCUCAGCCCAGGGAGAAAGCAUGUCAGGACAGAGCUGUUGGAUUGGCUUUGAUAGAGGAAUGGGGAUGAUGUCAUUUUACAGCAUUCCUGAGAUUUAAUUUUUGUGCAGUUUCAUAGAAGGGUCAGGAGGUGGACAAAUUGGGGCCAGAGAUGAUGGCAGUCCAGCAGCAACUCCCUGUGCUCCCUUCUCUUUGGGCAGAGAUUCUAUUUUUGACAUUUGCACAAGACAGGUAGGGAAAGGGGACUUGUGGUAGUGGACCAUACCUGGGGACCAAAAGAGACCCGCUGUAAUUGAUGCAUUGUGGCCCCUGAUCUUCCCUGUCUCACACUUCUUUUCUCCCAUCCUGGUUGCAAUCUCACUCAAACAUCACAGUACCACCCCAGGGGUGGCAGUAGACAACAACCCAGAAAUUUAGACAGGGAUCUCUUACCUUUGGAAAGUAGGGGUUGGGCAUGAAGGUGGUUAUGAUUAAGAAGAUCGUUUUGUUAUUAAAUAGCAUUAAACUGGAAUUGACAAGAGUGUUGAGCAUCUCUGUCUAACCUGCUCUUUCUCUUCGGUGCCCCUUAUCUCACCCCUUCCUUGGAAUUUAGUAAGUCUCAGGCAUUUCCAAUUGUAGACUAAAACCACUCUUAGCAUCUCCUCUAGUAUUUUCCAUGUAUCAGGACAGAGAUAUCUUAUGCAGGGAGGGGGCAAGUAUGAAGUAAGGUAAUUAUAUACUACUCACAUUCAGGAUUCUUGCUCCCAUGCUGCUGUCCCUUCAGGUUCACAUGCACAGGAAUGCUAUAUGAUGGCCAGCUGCUUCCCUCCUUGGUUAUCAUCCACUGCAGCUGCUAGUUAGAAAGGUUUGGAGGGAUGACUUUUAGUAAAUCAUGGGGAUUUUACUGAUUUAUUUUCACUUGGGGUUUUGUGGGGUGGGAGUGGGGAGCAGGAAUUGCACUCAGACAUGACAUUUCAAUUCAUCUCUGCUAAUGAAAAGGGUCCUUCCUCUUGGGGGAAAUCUGUGUGUCAGUUCUGUCAGCUGCAAGUUCUUGUAUAAUGAAGUCAAUGCCAUCAGGCCAAGGAAAUAAAAUAAUUGCGUACCUUAAAAAUCCA